GUUGCCUAGGCGGAGCUGCCAGGGAAGGGCUGCGCGGAGCCGCAAGCCCGGGGGAGGCUGCAGUCCCUCCCCGCGGCGCCGGGCUCCCUCCUCUGCCGGCCGGGAGGUGGGCCCUGCUGCCCGGGCCCCGGCGGGGCCGUGGGUGGGCGCCUCAGCCCCGGCAGGCUGUUGUCAGAGGCUCCUGAGGCAGGAAUCCUCCCCGAGCCAAGGUGUGGGCAGCCCAAGCCCAGGAGCCCCGAAGCCCCCCAGCAUGACUAACCCCGGCGUGAAGGGGUCGUGGCUCUCGCAGCCGAUCGUGAAGAGUGUGCUGGUGUACCGCAACGGGGACCCUUUCUUCCCAGGGCGCCGUAUUGUCAUCAACGAGAAGAAAGUGUCCAACUUCGAAGUAUUCCUGAAAGAGGUGACAGGUGGGGUGAAGGCCCCCUUUGGAGCUGUGCGGAACAUCUACACCCCCCGGGGUGGGCAUCGUGUCCGGCAGCUGGAGGAGCUUCAGAGCGGAGAGCAGUAUGUGGCUGGUGGCAGGGAAGCCUUCAAGAAACUCAACUAUUUGGACAUUGGAGAAACAAAGAAAAAACCUGCUGAAGUCAAUAAUGAGUCAACAGUGGAAGAUGUCAAGCCUGUUACUCACAGUAGAAUCACUGUGUCAGCACGGUUUCGAAAACCACUCCAGGAGCCCUACACUAUUUUCCUGAUUGCUAACGGAGACCUUAUUAGCCCUGUAGUGCGCCUCCUCAUUCCCAGGAAAACACUGAAUCACUGGGAUCAUAUUCUCGAAAUGGUUACAGGGAAAGUUACCCUCAGAAGCGGAGCCGUUCACAGACUGUACACUUUAGAUGGAAAACUUGUUCAGAAUGGGUCAGACUUGGAGAAUGGGCAAAUUUAUGUUGCAGUGGGCAGAGAAAAGUUUAAGAAGUUGCCGUAUGGUGAUCUGCUGUUUAGCAAAUCUACAGUGAGAAGGCCACAGGGUUCCAAAGCCUCUGUACUACCUCCAAUUGUGGGAUCUCGAAAGUCUAAAGGCAGUGGAAAUGAUCGGCAAUCUAAAUCUACUGUUGGAUCCAGUGAUCAGGGAGAAAACAGUAUCUCACCUCAGCUUCCUAAAGGGAAAGAUAAAAAAAGCCAGAAUCUAGAAGAAUUUGUGUCCAGACGACACUCUAACAACUCUACAAAGGUAAAACAGACACUAAGAGCAACAGCUUCCACAGGAGUCCUUCAAGAUAAUGGUGAAGAUAUUUACAAAGCCAGAGAAGAGGAGUCUGAAAUGUGGGGGGCAGCUGAAGUGCAGGAAGAUGAAGAUACUCGUGUAGAAGUUCCACUGGACCAGAGGCCAGCAGAAACCGUAGAUGAAGAAGAAAAUGCAGAAGAGGAAAACGACAGGGGAGAGGAGGCAUAUAAAGGAGAGGAAGAAUAUCCAGUAGUGAAUGGAAAGGAAAGUGGGGAAACUGUUACAGGAAGAAGUGAAGUAGAAAACAAGAAGAAACUGAAUGAGAGUUAUGAAGAUGAAGCAGAAGAAACAGAGAAUGUUGAUGAAGCAGAGGAAGAAGAACUUAUCCAUUUAAAUGGCAAGAAAAACGAAGAAAAUGGUGAGGGAAUGGAGCACCUCAACUACCAAGGUGAUCUUCAGCCUGAAGCAGAAAUAAAAGAAGAGGAUUCUAACAGUCGGAAACAGGUGGAUUCCCGUCCUGAAAAAACAUCCACAAAUCCAAGGGUGACUAUCACCAGCCCACAGGAAAGUGAAAAAAAUGAUCAGAGUAGUGACUAUGCUGCAGUCGCAUAGAUAGAACAAAUGUAGUGAGCAGAAAAUGAAAGAUUAUAAUACUUUAAAUAUAAAGCGUGUUAUUUUUUGUGAUUGAUAAUUUACAAUGGGAAGGUAGGUUCAGUACCCACAUACUGAGUCUUGAGAUGAUAAUGGCAUAUGGACUGAUAUAGAAAAGAAACAUUAAUAGUUUUCAGAGGAACAGAGAAUUAUUUUUACAAGGUAAGAUUUUACAAAGUAAUAUUUUCCAGUAGAAUUUGAGGGGGGAAAUACAAGAGUACUGUAUAAUAGCACUAGAAAUGAACGAGCUAUUCUGUGGUAUAAGGUGGUUAGCAGAAUAACCACAAAAAUUACAUUAUUCCAGAAAAAGGUAAAAAAACCCCACCCAAAUUCAAUGUCAGAACUUCUUUGCAGCUUUGUUCAGAAAAGAAAAAAUGUUUUACUUUUAAUGAGGAUAUAUGCAAUUUUUCCUUUAAUAUUCCACAUGAUAUAUAUGAUUUCCAGACAUAACAUUAAGAUAUAAUUAAAAUAUGUUCCUCACUUAAUGGACUUAUGCCCACAAAAAAUGGUGCACUAUAAUGAGGUGUCACUCUUAAUGUUACUAAAUAGUGGAUUUUCAAUAUAUUAAUUAGAAUGGUUAGUUUGUGCAUUCACAAGUAGCACUUACCGGGCACUAUGAAGGUGUGUAGGCAGCCUGCAAUCCUGCAGCUUGGUCCCAUUUCCAGCAGGGAGCUGUGCUGAUUGUCCUGCACCGAUUCCCCAAGCAGUGGAUUGUUAUCAGAGUGGAGAAAAGAUAAUGGAAGAUUAUGCAGCAGAUGAGUUUCAAAAGUUGACUUUGGAUAGAUUUGUGGUUCAGUCUAUGUGAAAUCUAAUUUAUUAAUGAAAAAAAGUGAAUAGGCCUAGAUUCAGACUGAAAUUGCCAUGAAACCAUUGCUGUCAAUGGAGCCAUUUUAAUAAGAAACACAUUAGGAUGCGCCUACCAGUUUUCUGUAAAAGUCAGCAACAAAUGCUGCAUUUAUGAACCCUUUGCGUAGCUGUAAUGGCUGGAAGUGUCACCAUCUCUUUGAGCAAGCUGGCUCCUAGUAGGCUGUGCAUUGGUAUAUAAGGCAUUGAUCCACAGUGUUAGUUCUCUUAAUGACACCAACUCCAUUGUUAUAUAUCCCUGUUAGUAAAGCGAAUAAUUUGUUGUUCAUAGUAAUACAUCUCUGAGCAUCAUGUCUUUAAUUAUACAAAAGAAAUAGUGUGUUUCUUUAUCAUUAAUGCUGGAAAGUUAUUACUAUGAGAAACUAAAUGUCAUUUUCAUUGAUUUCAUGCCAUUAAGACAAAAAUUACAUUUAUGAACAAAUUGAACUUGAAAGACUGUUUGAGGAAUGUGAAGAACCACUUGUCAUAACUGAAACUCAUGCAAACAUCUUCACUUUUUCUACUAUUAAAUACAUUUUCCAAUGGAGUAGCAAUACAUAGAGAUCCUUCAGCGUGUUUCUGAGCAUUGGCAAUGUAAGUAUAAACCCCAGAAUGUUAAAAGCUGUAUGAACAGGAUUAGAACAGUUUGCCCUGCAGCAUCUCUGAAUUGUCUGAGUUGUGUCCUCUGUGGGACUGUCUGACAAAGAGCUGAGGGAUUAUUACAUUUGUGAUCUGUUCAAAAUAAGCUCCUAACUUAGCCAAGCUCUUUAGCAAGUAUGUGUGCUUCCUUUAUUUGAUACAGCAAUUAAGCCUAUGCUCAAAUAUCUUUGUUUUAAGCCCAUGCUCAAAUAUCUUUGAUUUCACUGAGAUUUAAGAAAAUAUUUAAAGUUAAGCAGAAGUAAAAAAAAAGCCAACCAGCCCUCCACCCCAGCCCACAAAAACCCCCACAGCAGAAUGAAUAAAAUAACUACGUGCUGGUGAGGAAGACCAGCACACAGAAAUCCUCUAGGUACUUUUAGAGUUAAUCCUGCACUGGAAUAAUACCUGCAGCAGCAUCAAAAGCCCUCAAACAAUGCUUAACCAGCCAGAGGAGGCAGCUCUGUCUCCUGGGGCACUCAGGGGAAUUUACCUGCAGACCCCGCUGUGCAAAGCUGGCCAAGGGAAAUGCUAAGGCUGCGUCUCUGCUCCCCCAAAGCUGGGUAGCUCGUACACUCACCGGUAAGGGUGGGUUUAAACACCUUGCUGGAUCAAAACAAAUUAUGCUAAUCUGGCGUCGACAUUACUGGGAGUGGGCUCUUCACUGAAAGGUGAUAGAGUACCAAAGAGAGGGCUCUGCCUGCCGGCAUCUUAGUGCAGAUUAAGACUGAACAACCUCUGAGAUGUCCUUCGUCCUCAAAAGUGUGAGGUUGAAUCGACAUCCAAAAAUAUCUGAUGGAGAUAGUUAAUGUGGAGAACCUCUGCCUCAAAACAUUGUACCUAGAAAUGAAAUUUAGAAGAAAAUGAAGGAUUUGUGCCGUGAUACUUUUCUCCUUUUGGUUUCUAUUUAUAUAGCUUCUGUCCACCAACGGUUUCUGUUGUUUCUUCCCUUUUCCCCAAACGUUCGGUGUCUUCCAUGCUUAAAAGACUUACAGGUAUCAAUAAGAGUACUUUAAAAGUUUAAACUAAAUUCUAGGGAAGUUUAAUAUGAUCAUUUUCUUUCAUGGGAACAUGAAACCCGUCUGAGUGCUAUUCAGUUUUUAAAAUGCUCUGUUUUCUUGUAAGAAAGACAGGAUAUGUUUCUUCAGAAUGGCAAAUCAACCUUUUUUGGAAACAGAGAUAUAACCAUUUUAUCAUUCACCUUACAACAUGGACAGCAUGGCUUUUGUAUCAGGUUCUUUUAUAUAGAGAAAUUAGUUUAUGCGUAACAAGUAAUUCUGAUGUUAAAGUAGAAAUUAAACAAGAAACAUACAGGUGGUCUCACUAAUAGUUUUUCUGUCUGGGUUUGCUGUGUGUGAUGGCUUAACUCUGUUUUAUAUGAGAAAUACAUUAUUUCCUUAAGCUUAUGUAAUGUUAUUUUAUUAAGCUUAUACGCAACAGUUCUGAGGCUUUUAUUAAGACUUGUUUGCUUGUUUUGGUUUUGUUUUUAAAAACAAUUUGCUAUUAAAGUAAACUAUCAUACAGGUA